AAUUUACCUGGUCUCCAAACAUGUAUGGCCAAAAGACCUAUAUUGUAUCUUGUGGUUGGAACAUCGUCUUCAGCAUCUAACCAGACGCCAAUUGUUGAGGGUAUAUCAACUUUAGGACUGUCUUCACCUGCAUAACCAGCUCUAACAGUAUUAUGACCAAGAUCAAAAACUAGAGCACCCACUUCAUCUAAAAUGUAAGGUUAUGCCGAAUGAACACAAAAUAUAAACAUCAAAAUUUUAAUUCUUAAAUCUUACCACCUCCAUAUACUGCUCCGCUCAUAUUUCCGAGGUCACCUUAUCAAGUUUUUGUAAUCGUAUUAUUUUAUUUCUACGUUUUCAAAAAAAAAGUGAAAAAACUUGACUGGCUGUUUGUUUACAAGUUCACAAACCUAACCUAACAUGUCGAUGUCGCGUCGAUUUGCGCGUCGCUGUUGUCAUAUUUACAUUUUAAGUAGCAGCACCAGGGAAAUUAUAAAAUAGCUAUUUAUGAAAUUAUUCUGUUCAACAUAAAGAGGUUUUAUUAUUUACUUACACACGUCAAAUAAAAAUUAUUACUACUUACUGUAAAAAACAUAAAUGAAACAAUAAACCUACCACAGUAAAAACUUCAGUUGUAGUUUUUUUCAUCCUUUCAGGCGUCCCUCUGCUCCCUCCAAGAGGAAUUCCGGCAGACUGCCCAAAUCAGGCUUUUGUCUACGUGCGACUUUAUUUGGUCUAUUUACAUAAAUUUAGUCAUUUAAAAAACAUAAAAAACUUUUAGCAUUAGCGAGAUACAUUUUGGAUCAAAAGAGUGAUACCCCUAAAUGUCAGCAACAUAUUAUACAAUUUUUCAAAAAAUAUGUCGCGUUUUCUUAGCAUGCUAUGGAAAUAAACGUCAUGCCAUAUAUAUAUUGUCAAUUUUUGUAACAAAAUAUGAUUGUAUUCGAAAAUUUUCUCAACUUUACCUACGAAUAUGUUUGUUAGCAGUGAAAAUGAUGAAAUUAUGAGCAUUCCACAGGAGAUUUUAGAAAAAGCUCAAAGAAAGAUACGAAAUUACCUAUCGAAAAUUUAUGGAUUUACGACACAAGCAUAACGUCAAAUCCUUUUUUGAGAAUGUUUUAAGUGGGCGUAGAAAAAGUAUAGUACAUUACACGAGUUGUAAGCCCCUUACGCACUAGCGAAACUUUUUCACUUCGUGUGUAAUGGGUUACUUACAACUCUUGUUACAUAAUAUACUAUUUUAUUUGCGGAAAGUAUAAAAAUUUGUAACAGUGAAUUUAUUUUGCGUAAGCUACCUUAUACCUAUCCACUGACACAAGAUCGGCACACAUUUCUUUGUAGGUAUAUAGAUUUUAUUAAAAUACUUUCUCAAUAUCUACGAAAAUAUAGCUACACUGCUAUUUUUUAUCUGUAUUUUGACAUUAACGAAUUAACAUUACUUUCCUGUUUAAACUAAUAAUACAUGUAUAAAGUUAUUUUAAUUUUAGGUUCGAUAUCAAGUCUUGAAAGCCGUUCAUUUUUUUUUAAGUAUCCGUAAAAUUAAUUUAUCUUAGCAACGUUGCAAAAUAGUAGCGGCAAAUUUUUUGAAAGAUUUGAAUUUAUUGAUCAGAUUAUGUUAAAAUUUCUUGAAACGAUUUAAAAAUAUAUGUAAAAGGUCAAGAAAUAGAUCAACAAUUAAGUGUAGAUUUAAAGAAAUGAAAGAUUUUAAAGAAAAUAUUUGCCGUGUGUGUAAAAAUGUAUUUUGUUGUAAAGUUUGUCGAGAAAAGCAUGAAUAUAAACAACACAAUAUUUUUACUGGUUGCGAGAUAUGUAUUAGUGGAAAGACAAUUAUAUCUUUAAUUGAAGAAAAUGUUAUCAGACAUAUAGUGAGUUGCCAUUGGCCUUUGCAUUGUGUAUUCUGUAAAAGAAUUUUUGGUUCUGAAGAUGAACUAUUUCAACAUAAUAAAUGUCCUUUAGCUAAUAAAUUAAGUACGGAAAAUAGUCCAAUUACACCUCAUCACUCUUAUCGGUCAAAUAUAGACAGUACUACGCCAUAUUUUUUCGACAAAAAAUAUAACAAAAACGCAAAACAUUUAAAAGUGCUGUCCAAUCUUGUUGCCACGAGUACUCCUAUGCAAAUAGAGUCUGAUAAUAAUCUGCUAGAAAAAAUUCAGGAAGUCAUCAUAACGCCUGUAGAUCAUUCAGAAAUCAAAGAAAACAAUUUAGAAGGAAGUUCUCGUACCAAUUUAAAAAGAAAAGUCACUUUUUGGGACACUCCAAUCACAGACAGUUUUAGCAAAAAAUCCAAAAAUAUGACAAUGUCAGCACAAGAGGGCAGUACAUACUAUACAGCACGUGAAGAAACAGCAGAACAUUCAAUAGCAACAAAUCGUCAAUUAGUUCCAUGCCUUAAAAUAACUGAGACUCCUACCAUAGAAGAAGAUGAAGAAAACGAAAAAAAACUUAAAAGUGUUAAUAUCUUUCGUAAAAAUGAAGAAACGAUAUGGAUUAGUGCUGUAAAUAUAUCAACAACACAAAUUUGUACAAACGAAUUGACUUCUCCAGAAAUGUGCGUACCCAAUAAUCAGUUUGUCACACCAAUGGUUCCCAAAGGAAGAAAAAUGAACGUGUUAUCACCAACCACAAUUCAAAAGGAAGAGAUAAGUAUAAAAUUUGAAGGACCUAUACAAAUAUCUUCAACACCAAACAAUUCUGCAAUACCAAUAAAAUCGGCUCCUACCAAUCAAGAUAUAUUUGCUAAUAUUGAACAUUUACCCUCUACUUCAAAAUCAAAUUUGGAAAACUGGAAUACAGUAAAUUACAAUUCAAAAGAUAAAUCUGAAGUAAGUAGUCAUGUUAAACUCGAAACUAACAGUCACAAUGACUAUUCUGUGUCUAACAAACUUUGGACUUCUGUAAGCAAAAUGGUAAAAACCGUUCUUCAAACCUUUUCAAAUACUAUUGACACUGUCGACGUAGGUGCUGCCAUUUCAAGGCCCUUGAAGCGUCAUUUAUCCGACAACGAUUUGUUGGAAUCCCCUAUGGUGAAAAGAUAUAAAAGUUCAGAUAUAAAGUGUAGAAGAAAUAUCAGAGAGAUGACUCCUAUCGAUAAAUAUAUGGAGGCUUAUAGAAAGUCAAGAUCUAGAGAAUUUCAUAUAAAUAUUGUGAAUAGUUUAACAAGAACUGCCACAAAAACUUUUGUAGAUAAAGCUACACAAACAGAUGAACCAUAUAUUUAGAUUGAGUGAAAAUUUUAAACAAGAAAGAAAACAAAUUAUUUCCAAAUUCCGCUAAAAAUUUUAUUCGUCUUUGACAGUUUUUGUUUCACUUGUUAAAUAAUUACGUUGAGAUAAGUGUACAGAAAGUUUUAUCAAUUAGAUGAUAUUCCUUAAAGGACCUGGCAAAUUUUGUGUAUGAAUUGUUGAUAUGUUGCAGUUGAUGUCAAAAGAAAAAUAUUUACCAUCGCGCUAAAAUUCUAGUUCUACAAGAUGUACCUAAAAAUUGGGUCAAAAAGUAGCUAUAUUCCUUUUUCGUGUUUGUGACAGUGGGAUUAGAUUUAUACAGGAAGACUAAUUUACAUUUAAAAUAUACCAUGCCCUUUAUACCAGUAAGGUUAAUGAUGAAAAAAUUGUUGUUUUGUUUAUUAUGUCGUUCGAUUUCCUGUUUCGAUGUUUUGUCAUAUAUUUAUCAAAUUAUUUUUUUUAUGAAUAUAAACUUCAAAUUUAAAUAGGUUAGGCUUAGUAUUUUAUAAAUGUGUGAUUAAUAUUUGUUAAUAUGAAUAGAUAUAGGUAAAACAAAAUCAGAACUUUGAAAAAAUAUUUAAUACUUUAACGUUAACUGAAC